UCUGUCUCGCCUGGCUGGUUUGUUGUUGUUGUUGUUGUUGUUGUUGCUGGGGGCGCGCGAGAGGGAUAUGUGUUGCACGCGCUCCGUAGAGGUCAACGCGGAAUCAAACCCUGUGUUGCGGAACCCUCUCGGAGCUGUGGCGCGAGCUGGCCCAUCUCUGAGUUACCAAUAGCAACGAGCUCACGAGACGGCGACUUUUUAACGGGCGUCCCUCUCAUAGGCUAGCCGUGUUGCGCGAGCUGGCCCAUCGGCAACGAGCUCACGAGAUGGCGACUUUUUAACGGACAACGGCUACAGCUAACGUUAUCGGAAGAAACUACCGGGGAAGCCUCCAACGGCCACAACGUGACGUCAUCAACUGACGUGAUAACACCCCUCCGCUCGAUGUAAUGUCGCGCGCGGACCUCGCCAGCGUCGCGCUUAUCGCCGGGCUGAUGUCGGGAUGACGGGAAGAUGGCAAACGGCGUCGGAAAACACAAGCUACUCGUCCUUGGACCAACAGAGCCAUGGUCGGCGAGGGAGAAGCUGUGUUUGGCCACAUCUGUCAUGAAGAGUGGCGACCAGAACUGGGUGUCUGUCAGUCGAGCCAUCAAACCAUUUGCAGAACCCGGGCGACCACCUGACUGGUUCUCUCAAAAGCACUGCGCCUCCAAGUACUCUGCGCUCCUGCAAACAAUAGAGGCCCCAAAGCGGAAGCGGGGAGACAGAGGCGAAGAGGUGGAGACGCUGGAGGACGUGAUCGUCCGCAGGCUGACGGCUGACAGGAUUGAUGCACUAAAAAAGCUGAUCAAAGAAACCCAGGAGAAGCACAGGAAGCUGAAGAGAGAAACUGAACUGAUUCAAGCAGGACGCCUGGAUUCCAAACUAGAAGAGUUAUGGGAAGACAUUCUGCAGAAGAAGAAACUGGAGGAGAAGGAAGCAGAGCUGAAACGAAAAAUCACAAAUGCUGCUUAUCAGGCCAGGCAGGUGGCGAAGAACUCCUCUAAGCGAGAUCCCGGCAUCACCGUACAUUCGCCACCAGGCUGCGGCUCCCCGAGCCAGGAGUCCUCACCGGGGGACCCGCCCCAGUGUUUGACGCUGGACCUCGCUUUGACGAAGAGUGCUUCAGGAUCAGCCAGGUUAAUCACAAUUGCCGAGUCCUCUGGACCCGGGAACGAUGACGUCAUCCCCGGGUCGCUCCUGGAUGACCCCGCCCAAAAGAAGCUGCUGGUCCAGAAAGCCACGCCGCCACCGUCUCCACUCCUGUCAGAGUUACUGAAGAAAGGCAGUAUCUUGGCCACAAAUGCAAGACUGAUUGGGGAGGGGGACGUGACCUCUGCUCAUAUGACAGGAGCACAUGACUUGCAGCCGGCUCUCCCGAGCCAACCUCUCGCUCAGGCAACAGAGGUGGAUGCGAUGGAGCCGCCUUUGGCCCCAGGGUGCCAGCCCAUCACCACAGAGGAUAAGGUGGCAGAGCUCAGUGAGGAGGGUGUGACCGGGUCCUACAUGGGGGAGGAGCUGGACCUGAAGACGGUGGGGGACAUUAUCGCCAUCAUUGAGGACAAGACAGAUGUGACCGCAGAGGCCCUGGAUGCAGCCGCCGUCGAGGCCGCGCUGUCCCUGUGCGAGGAGAACGGCCACGCUCUGCCUGGCGCCUGGGAGCCCGCGGGGGUCCGACGGCCCCCGUCCCAUCGCAGCGGCCCGGAGGGGAAGACCGCGGCGUCGGGAGUUCAGGGCGCGACUUCGGCGUCGCUCUCGUCUCCGCGCGACAGUCGAGGCAGCGGCCUGGCCGCGGGACCGAGGGCCCUUCCUCACGCCUCCUCGUCCUCAUCGCGCAGCUCAAAGCGCUCGGAGCGGUGUCGCCCCGGAGCGCCGAGAGAGACCGGAGCGUCGGCGCGGCGGAAAAGCCACAUUUCAUUGGACGUCGCUCUCAGACGCGAGAGCGACAGGUGGGCACAGCGAAGACCCGGUAAAGCCCACCGAGACUCGGUAUUAGGAGAUAGCUCACUGACAGAAAGACACCCCAAGGGGAUGAGAGCGGCAGGAGAGAAGGCCUCGGGGACCAAAGUGCACCGCGAGCUCAGCGGGCCAGAAGCGCGCGGAGACGAGGAGGCCGACGGGGCGGAGGGAUUGUUGUCGGAGCCGGACGGCGAGCCGGAGCCCGCGGCCAGCGAGAGCGAGGACGGGUCCGGCCUCCACGCGGCGCCCUCGUCCCUGCAGCUCCACACCGCCGCCGACUCCAUCCCCAGCAGCCCCGCCUCGUCACAGUUUUCUGUGUGCAGCGAGGACCACGAAGCCCUCCAGGCGCACAAGAUCUGGAAGAAAGCCAUCAUGCUGGUGUGGCGAGCGGCGGCCAAUCACAGGUAUGCAAAUGUCUUCCUGCAGCCAGUAACUCAUGAAAUUGCCCCCGGGUACCACAGUAUUGUGCAGAGGCCAAUGGACCUCGCCGCCAUCAAGAAGAGCAUCGAGACCGGCGUGAUCCGGACCACCGCCGAGUUCCAGAGGGACAUCAUGCUGAUGUUUCAGAACGCGGUCAUGUACAACAGCCUGGACCACGACGUGUACCACAUGGCUCUGGAGAUGCAGCGCGACGUCCUGGAGCAGAUCCAGCAGUUCCUGGCCACCCAGCUCAUCAUGGAGACGGCGGAGUCGGGCAUCGGCGCCAAGAGCCUGAGGGGCCGCGAGAGCACGCGCAAACAGGACCCCGCUGACAAGGACGCCGUCUCCAUGUCCUCUCCGGCCUUCCUGCUCUCUCUGUUUGAUGGAGGCACUAGGGGGCGCCGUUGUGCCAUAGAAGCUGACCUUAAAAUGAAGAAAUGAACAUCCGGUAUGACGAUUUUGAUCCAAUAGUUUUUCCAGAGUUGAAUUUUAAAGCUGUGAAGCCACAGGACUGAACUCAUCCUCGGGUCAGUUCCACAGAUUUUUCACUCUGCAUAAAAAUGCAGCGUGACCUUUAUUUGCACAAUGGCGGUGAAAUGUAAUAUGAAGAAGCUCAUUUCCUCUCCGACAGCCAGACAGACACGGAUUAUAAACGGUGUAAUCCCAGAUUACAAAGGGACAGGAAGAAAAAGGUCAAAGCUUUCACAGACGUAGCUGCAGAUCACUUAGCCUGCUCUGAAUUACACCAGGUAGUUUACUGUACAUGAAGCUAAACAUUACAAAAUGACUGAAUUAAAGCCUUCUUUUCAUUCAUGAACAUGUUGGGGAUAACAUAUAAACCCAGAGGCCAAAGAGUCUAAUUUAAGAUAGAAUUGAGAAUGAUCAUGCUAAUUUCAAAGAGAAACAUUUGAUUAUUUUUAACAACUCUCCACAAUCAUUUACACAAAUAUAGCUGUGUUGUUUGUGAUGAAUUGAUUUUAUUCGGGGUUCGCUCCCAGUGAAAGCAUAUCGACGUGCAUACUCUGUGUCAUUUUCAGUAUUUUUGAGAAAACGUCCCAUUAUUAAAAUGUUUUGUGGACUUUAAAAUAAACAAUGAAACUUCAUACAAAGCAAAGCCAUCAUUCAUCCGUGUUGAGCUCGAAUCAAACACGAAACAGUUUGCUGAAAUCGUGCUGCUUACGAGCCGACCAAUCAAAAUCAGUGCUACGAGUGUGAUAUUUAAAAAGCUAGCAUUUGAUUUGAUAUAUUUAUCUAGAUAAAUAUAUAUUUUUUUACAUGUAUAAAUAUAUAUAAAUAUUUAUAUAUUUACACAUGUAUAUAUAUAUAUAUGAAAUAUCUAUAUAUAGCAUUUGAUUUAUAUAUGUGUAUAUAUAUAUAAAUAAAAUAAAAAUUAAAUAUAUUUAAAAAAUAUAUAUAUAUAAAUAAAUGAAAGUCUGCUUUGCCUCAUUGGUGACAUUGAUGUUAAGUGCACUGUGUGUCAGAAGGGAAAUGCAUGCAGAUCUGAUCUGGAAUGAGCUGUGGCCAUGUGGCAAAGAGCAGCGCAUUACAUAAUAAAUAAGUUAAACAGU